CAUUUAUAAUGAUCCCCGAUCUCACAAGCCCCUACCUUCCCAAUGGAUCACUUUCUCCAACAGCACGCACAGGGCUGUAACCGAGGACAUGGAGUCAAUAACUCCCUCCAGCGUCUACCACUGGCAGGCACCCCACAGUGAACUCUUCGCUAAUUACCACUGAUUUAGACACAGUCUCAGGAAGGGUCGUGACACACUCACUCUCUGACCAUCUCUGACACACAUGUGGAUCUAACACACACACACACACACACACAAGCCCUGAGACUUGCAUACAAACUAGCGGCCACCCUUGCUGGAUUGCAGGACAAAGAAAUCUAAUGUACCUGUAUCUCCACACUACUGCUAGUAGAAAGCCAGCAUUAUUGUACAGAAGCACAUGAUCAUUCAUACAUGAAAUGUAGUUCAAUGUGAUUCAGAUGCUAUCCUAAAGUGAAGCAACAACCUAAUGUUUGGGAUUUGCACAUUGGGAUACCUCAAAAAGCCACUCAGAGGUUUAUAUUUCCUGCAAUAAUGGAAUGUUUAUGCCAAAAUGAAGAAGGCUGUAUUUGGGGGAUAUCUGGUUUCUACUUUGGCAGCCUCUGGAAGUGAAGAGCUCAGCCUGUCUUACUUUUAAUGACUCGUCCUUUAGGUUGAAAUAUGUUUUCCACAAAGGUUUCUCAAUGAGUCCUUUUUCCUCAUUGGUAUUAUGAAGCCUUUAGUUCCUGUUUUUAUAUUUGUUUCUGUGUGACAAAUCGGUUGUAUUAGUUAACUUAAGAUUUUCUAAAAUUGAACUCAUUUUCAUUGCAUUCAAAUCUGCCAAAAAAACGAUCCCCCAGGUGAAUAGUUGACUUUAUGAUUGAAGCCAAUGCUUGUUAGUUGCGUGUCCAUUUGUCAGUAGUUGCCAGUUUUCAUAAAGUCAAGGCCCUUCACCUCUGACUACACCACCCAUUCCAAAGGCUUGAGCUAAUAUGCCCCCUUUUCCCAAUGCAAGGUGGCUGUGACAUUGAUAACCACUCCCUGCACCAAUGCCAAAGCCAAGCAAGUCAAUAGCUACAGAGAACUGGACACAUAUUUUUAUAUUUAUUUGAGUCUUUGCAAAGUAUUCUUUUACAAAAGCAAACAUCAUUUUUUUUCAUUGUGUGACUGAGUACAUGAAGAAGAGAACAAGGAAGAGAUGCAAGGUAAACCAUUCCAGGUAGAACAGUAAACACAGCACUUGUCAUCAAAUGAAAAGGACUCCACCCAGUUUAUAUCUCACAGAUGUUUCUCAUGACUCCUUGUUUCUGCUUAUCUUGUUUCCCUACUGUGUGUGUGUGUGUGUGUGUGUGUGUGUGUUUUGUGUGUGCGUGAGAGCAAGAGUGGGAGAAAGAGAGGGAGACUUCUGAUAGAGGCCAAGUCAAUCAUUUAUGAAAGCAGACAGGAGGUCUACCCUUCCAGAGGAGCGUGUACCUACAGAUGAAAUGGCCCCUGCUAGAUGUUCAACAAGGAGGUCUUCAAAGUAGACAAGCACUUAAAGAUGCCAGGUCCCCAUCACCGGCACACAUCGUUGGGUCCUUCUGCUGGGAAUUCCCCGGACAGUCAGAUCUGAGCCUUCACCAAUUUCAUUUGUCUAAUAAGGUUCCAGUGGUACAGCACCCUCACCAUGUGCACCCUCUCACACCUCUGAUCACCUACAGCAAUGAGCACUUCACACCGGGGAACCCCCCACCUCACCUACAGACAGACGUGGAUCCCAAAACAGGAAUUCCAAGGCCUCCUCAUCCUCCAGAUAUAUCUCCUUAUUACCCACUGUCACCUGGCACUGUCGGCCAGAUCCCCCAUCCACUAGGAUGGCUAGUACCACAGCAAGGUCAACCUGUUUAUCCAAUCACAACAGGGGGUUUCAGACACCCCUACCCAACUGCGCUCACUGUCAACGCAUCCAUGUCAAGUCUUCUGUCCUCAAGGUUCCCCCCACACAUGGUGCCCCCCCACCACAGUUUGCACACCACCGGCAUCCCACACCCCGCCAUCGUCACACCCAACGUCAAGCAGGAAUCCUCCCACAGUGACAUCAGCUCUCUAAACAGCUCGAAACAGUCAGAUGCUAAAAAGGAAGAGGAGAAGAAGAAACAGGUCCACAUAAAGAAGCCUCUGAAUGCCUUCAUGCUCUACAUGAAAGAGAUGCGGGCAAAGGUGGUGGCUGAGUGCACACUGAAGGAAAGUGCUGCCAUCAACCAGAUCCUGGGGCGGAGGUGGCACGCCCUAUCUCGGGAGGAGCAGGCCAAGUACUACGAGCUGGCCAGGAAAGAGCGACAGCUCCACAUGCAGCUGUACCCAGGCUGGUCAGCACGAGACAACUAUGCGGCUAACCAACAGGGGAAAAGGAAGAAGAGAAAAAGGGAAAAGCAGCAAGCAGAGAGCAAUGAACACAGAGAAUAUUUUCCAAACCCUUGCCUUUCACUCCCUCCGAUUACAGAUGCAAAUACCCCAAAGAAGUGUCGUGCCUUGUUCGGGCUUGACCAGCUGAGUUUAUGGUGCAAACCAUGCAGGAGAAAAAAAAAGUGCAUUCGCUACAUCCAAGGUGAAGGCAGCUGUGCCAGUCCUCCCUCUACGGACGGAAGCUUACUAGACUCCCCCCCAUCCUCCCCCUCCUCAGUGGCCCCCUCCCCCUCCUCAAAAGAGUCCAAACCUCAGACUGAACAAAUGCAACCUCUCUCACUGACUAUGAAACCGGCCCACCAGCCACUCCACCACUCGCACCUCCUGGCUGGGCCUCCGCCAUCUUUGGUUCAGCUGGACAACUCCGCUGCGGCAAGCAAAACGCCCGGCGCCUCCUCCCACAAUGGAGCCCUGGAGCAUGGCGGCGACGUCUCGUCCUCGCGGCAGCCGGGCUCCUCUGUGGCGUCCUCGAUGGCCCGGUCCUCGGCAUCGCUGUGUCAUUCCCACUCGCUCCUCCCCUCCUCGGCCCCUCAGCCUCUGUCGCUAGUGACCAAGUCUAUAGAAUAGUCUGCCCUAUUCUUCUCCUCUUUUCUAGCUCUGCACACACACACCUUUCUAGGCCCUCACUCUGCUAUAUUUCACUGACCGUCAGCUCUUUUUUUUUGUUUUUUUGUUCUCUUUUUCCGUUUCUGUGCCAUAAGGCUUUGAAAUUUGAGUUCUUGUUUUAUUAAAGUUCAUUGGUCAAUAUUUGACCCAUCAUUAUCAAAAAAAAAUUAAUUAUUAUAAAGAAAUGAUACAAUGAGCUGUAGUUAUAGCUUUGUGAAUCUGCCAAAAUUUUUAUGAAUUUUUGUUUUGUCUUUUUUUGUAGUGUUCAACAGUGCAAACAGAAAACACAUAUUUAGUUCCACUUCCAAAUGUUUAAAAAGACGGAUAUAAAAAGGUAGGCUAGAUUAUUCAAUGAGCCCUUUUCUUGAAAGAGUUGGUUCUCCUUCUUUAUUUGUAUUAAAUACGAGCUCGCGAACCAAUCAUCUGACAUCUGUUCAAACUCUCCGAGGGCAUGAGGCUAGCGGUGACACCUCUCUUGAGGAACAACUUUAAUUGUGAUGUUACUUGUUCUUGUUUAAAUGUACAGAAUAAUGGGGAGGGGGGGGAUUACUGUGUUAAAUAUGCAUUCUUCCACUGCGUUGUCUUUUUUUUCUUUGUUGUUUACCUAUGGGGUGGAGUCAGGCAAGUUGGGUGGGCUUGAGGGGAGGUCGGGGUGGGAGGGUUGAGGGUUAUUAAAUUCAAAAUGUCACAACGCUAGGACCAGUAGUAUUUAUUGCUUUAGAGAUUGCUUGUUGUAUCUUGUACGUGUCUCUUUUUGACCUUUUUUUUGUUCUGUUGUUUUUUCGUUUCUUAAUACAUUGUACAAAAUAUUUUUUUCUUAAGGUAAGCGACUUCUAAAUGAAUGAUCCAUUUUUACAAGGAGGUUUUAAAAAGGCAAACUGGUUUGUUAUUGAUUUUCUUUCCUCUCUGAAAACCUGGAUUCCACUCAGUGUACUGUGUAGAUCUCAUGAACAGAAGUAUGCACAACUUCAUUUUCAAGAAAUGCGUCUAUAAGCCAUUUAACAAAAACAAGAAGAAAAGAGAAACUUGAAACAAGAGACAGUGGGUGCCGUGUCUUCAGUAGUUGGAAAAACGUGUCUAAAGCCCUUCUUUUUUAUUGCACAGUCACAUCCCUCAGACUGUAGAUUCGUGUACAGAUUUUCCGUGCCAAAUUUUGUGAUAAUUUUCUCUCUGCCCCGCUCUAACCACGCUGUAGGGAUCUCUCUCUUUUCCGUUUCGUUGUUGUUUGUUUCGUUUCCUUUUCAUUUGGAUACCAUUCUUUGCUGUGACGUUACAUAGAUUGCUAUGUAUGUAGUAUAAAUGUUGCUAUAACAAAUGUGUUUGGUAGCAAAUUGUCAAAUAUAAAAAUUUAAACUUAAUAAAAAGGCGGACAUCAUACUGUAUAAACCCACAAGGGCCAAAUUAUGUAUAUUAGGAGGUUCAUAAAAAAACUAUUAAAUACAAAAAAAUACACAAACUGCCACUUUUAAGUACACUACUACAUAUAGGUAGAUAGAAAAAAUAGGCAUGUUGAUGUUGCAAGAGGCUGUAAAAAAGCUACAAGAGAAUCAUCCACUCGGUGCCAUUGUAGUUGACAUGACGCGACUGUAAUCUGUCGAUUUCUUCUCUGGUUUAUUAAGAUGCUAAUGAUAAAUAGUUUGAAUGUUUCCUUAACGGCUGUGAUGUUCCUGUUCUAUUUUAUGCUCUUAUCUUUUUGUUUGUUUGUUUGUUUUUUUCCCUGUUAUUUUAAAUGGUUCCAAACGAACCAUGUUUUUUUGUAAUGAAUAAAUGUUUAUGCUGUACAGUCUCUGUAGCAUGCAGUUCUGUAUUAAUAAAAGCAACUUAGUAUGUGCA